GUGAGAAGUCAGGACGGAACGGAACAUACGGGUGUACUUUGCAAACCAUACAUUCUUUUAAUGUUUGAAUGUAACACUACUCGUCUUUUCCUUUUCUCUUACAAGAAGAAUUCAUCUUUAUUAAAGUUACUUCUUAUGUGGGGGAAAUAUUACCAUAGCAGAUAGCGCUUUAUGCGGAAUGUGACAUAGGCUAUAACUAGUCAUUCUAGGCAAAGUUACGGUUUGAUCUCAGUAUUAUAAGAGCCUGGUUAGUGUAGGUAAUAAACACAUGUGAGUGUAUUUAACAUUGAUUUAAGUCAAAUAGAAGGUUCUGUUCGUCACUACGUGCAACCACGACACAUUCUGUUGAGUCACCAGUUAACAGGAACACCGUCUAUAACAAGCCUGACUAGGAAGCAGACAUGAGGGUUUCCACAAGUAAACUGCAGCAGCUCACCAUCUUCACCACUGUGCUGACAGGUGGAGGGAUCGGCACCAUGUACUAUCUGCUGCAGAAGAAUUUCACAGAGUCAGACUACCACAGAUUGGCUCUGCAGAAGUUGGAAGCAUGUCCGGUUGCCAUGGAAAGCCUGGGAGCACCACCUUUAAAAAUCCACAACAUCCAUCUGACUGACAGAAACAAUCGUGUUGACCCGCACAGCGCAUGGAUAAAGAUCCCUGUGACUGGGUCAAAAACUGGAGGUUAUCUGUAUACAUCUUCAAUUAGAGACCCUAAUACCAACAGCUGGAGUCUGAAGCAGGCAGUUCUGAUGCUCAGAGAAGGGCAGACCAUCAACCUGCUGAAUCCUCCUCCACCAGCUGCGACAGAACACACAGAGGGACUGAAUACAGCCUGCUGUCACUGACCAACACCAUGAAGUAAUGACAACGAUAACGACUUUGUCCUGCUCCAACAGGUGUUGCGUAGAGGUCUAAUUAACAAAAAUCAUGCGGAGGAAUAUUUACCAAAUGGGAAAUCCUUAAUUUUGGCAUAAUUUUAAUGUAUGGUUUCCAAAAGGGGUAAGGCUGUAUAUAUCAGAUUGUUCUUUUCUUGGCAUCUUGUUUUCUCAAAAGGUGUUUGUUGUUUGUUGAUCACGAUCCCCUGAAAUAAUAAACUUUAUCAAAUAGGUAUAAAUGGAAAAUUCUAUCAAGAUGUUAUUUCUUUGUACAGGGCAACUGUGCCUAUGUAAAAGUGACUGAAUAUCUCACAGAGUGAUUUUCCACACUCUCUGACAUUCUAUCACCAACCUUAUUUGUUGAUUUUGAUGAAUGAUUUGGUAAGGGAGGUAAAGAAGCCAAGGGAAGAGUAUUGUGUGACCAUAUACUUGCAUUCUUCUUUACGGUAAUGAUAUUAUUUUGCUUACAGAAGAAGUAGAAUAUUUACAAACAAUGUUGUCAAGUGUUGCUGAAUGAUGUAAAAAGUGAAGCACCAAUUUAAAAAAACAAAAAAACACGAUUUAUGAAUUUAUGAAAACCAUAUAGAGGUGAGAAACACCCCUGAAAACUAUCCCUGUGGGGACAUGAAUCUGGUUACGCAGUCACAUGUGGAGACUUCCUAUAAUGUAAAUCAUGACUUUCUAGGAUAAAGACUUGGUUUAAGGUGAAGGGCAGGUUUGGGUAAGAGUUGUUAGAUGCUGGAAAUCACAAGGUCUGGUGGACAUAGCUCAGCAGGGGACACAUAUGCACAGACGUCUUUUAAAAAAGUAUACUUUAAAAUGAUGCAAAUAUUUGACAUCCAGUUAAUCAGCAGGAAAUAGAUCAUGGUAAUAAUCAGCAGCAGAUGGUGGAUGGAUUAGAAACUGAUUUAUUAGUGUAUUUCUCUGUCUCCCCAGUUAUGUUUUCAUCUCAGAGAUUGACUUAUGGUUAUCUUAUGCCAUGUCAUAUUUAUACAUAUGGGUAUAUACUGUAUAUUUUUUAUUAUAUAUAUUUAUUUAUUAUCUUUAAUGAGUUCCAAUGUUUAAUGAUUUAUUUUUUUGUUCUGACUAUGUGAAGCUAGAGUUACAUCGCGAUGUAUGAAAAGUGCUAUACAAAUAAAGUUUUAUUGA